AUGGCACUUGGUGUUAAACGGAAAAGGGCUCAGGAUCAAGAGGGCAGAGAAUCAACUAAAAUAGGCAAAUGGCAGGACCCGGAGGUACUAUCCGGUGAGGAUGUUUCGGACGAUGACUAUGGUGACUUUGAGGACUUGGAAGCGGGGGACAUAGCAGAAGCAGAAUGGGGGGGAAUCUCAACCGAAGCCAACGUCGUCGAACAGCAACAGCAUAGCGGGACGAAGCCCAAGAAACCCCCGACCGGAGAGGAAUUGCGAGUAAUCAAGGACGCUACUGAUCUAUUCAGAUCGAGCUCCUUCAAACUUCAGAUUGAUGCCCUUCUACCGAAUGUCCGUCCCAAAGCAUCGCGGAUACCACCCCUGGAACGAUUCCUUCUUGCACUCCAUACCUUCAUCACUUCACUUCCACCGAUAUCUGCAGAGCACCCGUUGGUGGCGGCCCGAAAAAUGGCCAAGAAGGGUAUCGCUGUGCCGUAUCCUCUACCGCAACCCGCGGAAGACACUAACUGGAAAGUCGCAUUCGAGAAACCUAGUGAAAUAACGUUGGUCGGGAGCUGGGCAAAUAAGUUAAGUAUAAAAGGUCGAGACGGGCGUUCGUUUAGCGUCGACUUGGCGUUGGAGAUGCCAAACAGUCUGUUUCAGGAGAAGGACUACCUGAACGGUCGGUUUUUUCAUAAAAGAGCAUUCUAUCUCGCCAGCCUUGCCUCGCACCUCAGCUCGCAGAAAAGCGGGCUUAACGUUUCCAUCUCGUAUGGGUCCAUGUCGAAUGAUCCACGACUUACGAAGCUCAUCCUCACUCCGAACAAAGACGACUCUCCCAACGAUUUUACCAAACUGAACGCCCAGAUAUGUCUGAUCCCGACACUCUCGCUAGAAUCACCUAUUCCUUUGCAUCGACUAUCACCUUCCCAUUCCAAUCUUCGGGUUACAUCUAUAUCUCAAGAUAAUGAAGCUGGCCCCUCAAAUCACCAGGCAACCCCCCUCUACAACAACGCGAUCCUCACCUGUUUUACGCCUAGACCGCACCUCCUGGCGAUCCACGCUUUGACACAGAUUCCUGCGUUCAACGACGCGCUCGUGCUCCUCCGUAUUUGGGCCAACCAACGCGGGUAUAGCAGCGGAAGCAAACCAUGCGUAAGAGGAUUCCAGGAUAUGGGCCCUUGGUGGGCGUUUUUGCUCAGUGCCGUGAUGAACGGCGAGGAACCGACGCAAGAUGGUAAGCCUUUGAAGAGGAAACCCUUGGGAAAGGGGCUGAGUUCGUAUCAACUCUUCAAGGCGGCGUUGGAUUUCAUUGGGAAACACGAUUUUGUAUCCUCGCCUGUUUUUACCAAGACGAAGGACGGGCAUCGCUUUCCGCCCAACGAAUACACGGACAACUAUUCUGCCGUUCAUGUGGAUAGCUCAUCAUUAGUAAACCUUCUUGCUGGCAUUCCAGUGGGUUCACUGCGACUUCUUUGUUACGAUGCUCAAAAGACCCUCGAAAUCUUGGAUCAUUCCUCGCUGAACGUCGAUCCCUUCACUGAGGUCUUUCUGAAAGAGCAACGAGAUCUCAUGACUCGCUGUGAUAUCGUUUUGCGCGUUGAUAUCACUUCAGCGAAACAACGAAACGAAUCAGUGGCCAAAAUUCUCGACCACGGUUCCUCAAUCAAUUCCCUCUUUGCAGCUAUUGAUGUCACCCUUUGCGCAGGCUUAGGAAACCGCUGCAAAGCCAUGGCGAUCCUGCAUCCGACCCCAUCGUCUCGUCCACUUACACAACCCCUACCUUCAACGUCUGAGCUGACACAUAUUUUCAUUGGUCUAGUUCUUGAUACUCAGCACGCGUUCCGCUUAGUCGAUCACGGCCCGUCUGCCGACGAAACUGAUUCCACCGUUAUACAACGCUUCCGCGAACUCUGGGGUUCAAAAGCUGAACUUCGACGCUUCAAGGACGGACGCAUCGUCGAAAGUGUCGUUUGGGAGGUAAAAACGGCUGAUGAACGCAACCACGUUCCAGCUAUGAUUGUUCAACAUCUCCUGCAAAACCAUUUUGGGAUAGAUGGGACGAAGGUUGUGGCGUGGCAGAAUGGUUUCGAUAGCAUGCUACGACUACCUGAGGAGGUUUCGUCGUUGUACCAGGAAGCGGGGGUCGCCGCUGGAUUUAGGGGCGCCAUUGCUGCGUUUGACCAGGUUGUCCGAAGCAUAAAAGCUCUAGAUGAAAAACUGCCUCUGGCAAUCCUGAAUAUCAGUCCCAACUCUCCGUAUCUCCGGUACACUAGCGUCUUCGCGCCCACUCCGCUUCCCGCCUCUCUUGCUCCUCUUCUCCCAGGAUGCGCACGUUACCUCCCCCACAUUGAAUUCAUCAUUGAAUUCGAAAAAUCAACUCGCUGGCCAGAUGAUCUUCGGGCUAUCCAGAAAAUUAAACUAGCGUUCUUCGAGCGCAUUGCUAGUGCGCUUAUGGGCGCCGUGGAUGGGCUUCGGGCCAAUGUUGUUGUUGGCGACGGUCCAGGCUCCUCGGACAUUCAGGAUCACGCCAAAUUGGAGGUUAUCACCAAGGAUGGGUGGAGUUUCGCUGCUAGUAUAUGGCACGAAAGAGAAGCGCAACUUCUUGAUCGCCUCGUCGAGAACAAACCUUUGCUUCCCCAUAUUGCUGCCACACAACCGAACUACAAACCAGCGACGGGAAAAGAAAUUCGCGAGGCGAUCGAAGGCAAGGACCUGUACCUUCGUCGAUUCGUACAUGGACCAAGGCAUCAUCGCGCCAUUGGUGCGCUUGUACAUCAAUUCUCGGCAUAUGCUGGCGCGGUGCGACUUCUCAAAAGGUGGUUGAGUGCCCAUUGGCUUCUGGAGGGGCAUAUCUCGCAGGAGGCUGUGGAAAUCAUUACCGCAAGUGUGUUCGUCGGAGACGGGCGCCUCGUCGGGGUGGAGGACGAAUAUGGUGGGCCAGGCGUUCCAGCAACGAAGGAGCGAGCCUUCUCAAUGGUUGUUGAGAAGUUGAAGGAUUGGAAAUGGGAAGAUGGGAUGUUUGUACCUCUGUAUGGGCUUUCGGCAAGCACGACUGCUGAAAGCUCAGUUUCAGAGGUCGGUGCAGAUGCUGGGGUUCCCAAGGCUUGGGGGUCAGCCAUGCGCGCCGAGUCGAAGAAGGGCGUCUGGAGGUUGUCAACGGAGAUGGAUCAAACAGGACAUAUCUGGACUACCGAAGGCCCCGAUGCCGUUGUUGCCCGACGUAUCCAAGCACUGGCUAGGGCGACAUACGAAAUAUUGCAGAGGGACGGUCUCGAAGUCAAGGCCUUGUUUAUCCAUCCGACGGACGACUACGAUUUCCUCAUCAAGCUCGACCAAAGCAUACUGCCGCGUUAUGCGCAGAAUGUUUCCCCAGAUCCGUCCAUGCUGGAUCCUCGCCUGAACUCGAAAUACGCCAAUCUUGUGAAGCGCAGCGGAGAUAGCAACGAUGAUGUCGUCCGGCCUGGCUUUGAUCCCGCGCAUAUGCUAUUCACGGAUCUUCGACGGAUAUACGCCGAUACAUUCGUCCUUUUCCAUGAUCCAUGUGGUGGAGAUACCUUUGGCGGCGUGUGGGAUCCGAGUGUGAAGGACAGGCCACGACCGUUUAGGGUGCUCGGUGGUUUCUCGAGUGCGCCUCAGAGUAUGUUGAAAAAUACAGCUACAGAUGUGGAUUCAACGCCGUCGAGUUCGAGCAAAGGCAAAGAAAAAGAACUCGUCGUUCUGAACUGUCAAUCAGUCCUUUCGGAGAUUGAAAGGAUUGGACAAGGCCUAGUGAAGGAGAUUACCGUUCAAGUUCACCAGUGA